UGACCCGUAGUCAUUAACGGUCCUACUUUAUUCAUUUCUGCCCCGGAGGAUAACUCGGUGGACAUUCGUGUGCGGGACAACUACAGUAUGUUAUUAUGAGCGUAUUGAAAGUGGUUUAGUUACUUUACAAUGGCCUCCGAGUGCACGCAAGAGACUAUUCUGAACUUUCUAAAGGAGAACGGCGGCAAAGUGAGAAACGCGGAUUUAAUUGCACACUUUAAAGCCGUAUUCCCGGAGGAGCCGGGGAGGAAAGCGGCUAUGCGGCAGACAUUUAAAAACUACGUGGACAACAUUGCUUAUGUGAAAAGUGAGGUUGGAGUUAAAUAUGUCUGCGUAAAGAAGAAGUUCCUCAGUUCGGAGAGGGAGCAGCGGAGUGUGACGGAGGACGAGGCGGUGAUGGCGAACGGCAUGCCUACACACGUUAAAUUCAGAGGAACUAGUUCUCCGUUAUUCUCCCGCAGGUGCACACGGCACGCAGGUUGUGCUGAUGACGCGGCGGAGGACUCAGCCCUGCACACACCUGGCUCAGGUUACGGAAAUGACAGCCAGAUAAGAGUUCCGCAUGUUUUCCCCUCCGAAACUAUUCACCCGGACAUAACAGCCGACAACAAGUGUCGAGAGUUUGUUUGCCCAGGCGAGGACAGCUGCCCAGGCGAGAUGGGAAACAGAGGAAGCAUCAAAAGAGAGAAGUCCAGGAAGGAGCAGGAGAGAAAUGCGCCUCACCCCCCUGAGAUAUCACUGAUUAGAGCAUCGCCUCUCGCCGCAGAGGGGCCUGUGUUCAUCCUGCCAGGGCCUGCACACACCGCUCCUCUCAGAAACACUCUGUCCCUGGAGGGCCUGAAGGAGCAGUCUGAUGAUGAGGAGGAUGAUAAAGGUCAGUUAGACACACACAGUUUGUCUGGCAGUGAAGGGAACGCGAGCCCCAAAGGCAGCCGGGAACACUUCCUCCAGGUGAUGAUGAGCAGCUCCCCCCAGGUGAGGCACAGCAUUGCGUUUCGCAACUCUGUCUACCUGUCCUCCAGGAAUGAUGGGGACUCUGCUUCCCUCGCUUCCUCUGGCAUGGACGACGAAAGCAGGACAUCAGUGAGCCUUGACCCGCUGGAGCACGAGUGGAUGAUGUGUUCCUCAGAUGGGGAGUGGGGCAGCUUGUACCAGCUCCUCUCCACGGAGCCUAGCCUGGUCCUCAAGAAAGACUUUGUCUCCGGGUUCACCUGCCUGCACUGGGCCGCCAAGCACGGCAAGCCUGAGCUCAUAGCACUCAUCAUCAACUUCGCCAAGCAGCACCAUGUUCCCAUUAGUGUUGAUGUUCGCUCCAACACGGGCUACACACCACUGCACAUCGCUGCCAUCCACAACCACAUGGAGGUGGUGAAGCUGCUGGUGGGGGCCUACAGUGCAGAUGUGGAGAUCAGAGACUACAGCGGGAAGAAGGCCUGCCAGUACCUCACUGACAACGUGAGCCUGGACAUACGGGACAUCAUAGGAGCGUACGAGCAUUCUGAGUCAAAGAACGCAGAGAAUAGAGAUGGAGUCCGCUGGAGGUUCUCCAAGGUGCUCCAGUCCAAGCCCCUCAAACUGCUCACCCCAAACGACGGUGACUGUGUGGAUGGAGAGGCUCCACCCAGACAGAAGGUGGUCCGCAGCAAGUCUUCACUCAGCAGGAUGAAGCCCAGGCUGCAGAAGCUGCGCUACAGAGCAUCGCAGAUCGUCCACAGCACAUCUUUCCAUGACCCAGAGGAGAUGGGGGACUCUGUGAGAAGGUCCUUUAGGUCCAGACCCAAGACAAGUUUCUUUGGCUGAGACGAGCACCGUGCCAGGGCUGGGGGUGGUGCACUGGGAGGAGACAGGUAACGCACACAGUGGUUUACAGUAUAUUGACAGAACAGAUUACAUGAGUUUUGAGCUGGGGUGCAACGUAUUGUCAUUGCAGGGUAAAGCUCACACUUACAUAUUUACUAUCAAAAUGCAAUCAUUUUUAUGCAAAAGAAUCAACAAUUCUGCAAAACUAGGCUAAUACUUGAUCAUUUUGUAUGACGUUAGUACUUAAUCAGGCAGCGAUAAAAGGGGAAGUGACUUCAACAUGUAUCUCACGACUAUAAUGUUUCAAACACUUGGAUUUCAAUAUUUUAAUAUCUGCGAAAAGGCUAAGGCUCAUCAGGAUCUAUCUGUGCUGGUACAACAAGUCAAUAGUCAAUCUUUGUAAUCAUAAUUUAAAACCUAUCUUUGUAGUUAUUGUGUAUUUUUCUAUCAUUUACCAAAUUAUAUGAAAGAACCCAAGGAGUCUCAGGGGCUUUGUUGACUCUGGUAUUCCCUAAAGCUUUUUCCUCUUAGUGAUGAUGGAAAUACUCUUUCCCUGCAGCAGCAGAUCAGUAACAGUCAGUUACUAUAGCCAGCAUUGAUGCACCCUACUGUAAGUGUUUAUCAGUGUCGGCUGACAACAGAUGCUGAAGUGUGCAGGGUGACAUGGUUUGUGAUGCAGGUCAGGCUGCUGCUCUCUAUCAGCACAGCUGACACUAGAGCCUCCUGACCUUCAGUCUGUUAUCUGCAGGCCCAUUUGUGCGUCAUGACAGAGGCCUUCAGGUCAUUUACCUUAACAUACGGUAAUCUGUGCAGAGGAAAAGGAUUUGACUAUUUUGGACUGAAAGGAUGUUUAAAACCUCAGCUCUGCGGGCAAAGUAAAUAUCCUCUCCCUGCUUUUAGUCUCCAAUGACUCAUGUUUGUGGGUAAAAAAGUCCCAGUCCUCUGCUGGAACUACUAAAGCCAUCUGGAAUAAUCCUCUGCACAGCCCUGACGUUUCCAAGUGGUUUACUGGACAGGAAUGUACAAGGUGUUUAACGUGUAUAGAACCAGCAGCAUCAGGAAGGUGUUUGAGUGUGUCUUUGGUCACACACGGUACAAGCAAGAGGUGCUGAGGUUGAAGUAUCGAACAGGUAUCUCUACCAGGGGUUUCUACUCGAGACUCUUUCAUUAUUCUAGACACUUUUCCUAUGCAACCACACGUUAGAAUCCUUCAACCUUUUCAGCGUUUACAGCGAGCAUUUAAACAUGUAUUCAUACGAUACUGUGAUGGAGGGAAAUCUGGCGGUAACUCCAUGUUCAGUGCUCUUUUCAGACAGUCCAGGAGUAUUUGUUGUGUAUUUAAGCUACCAGUGUAACCUAUGACAGUAUGACUCAGUACCUAUCCGCUGCUUCCCAAAUGAACAAACCCGAUGUGUGUGUACAGUUAACCUCAUGUUAUUUGUCAUCGUUCUUCUCGGUACUGUAUCUUCAUUUUUUACAGAAUCUAAAUGGCACCUUUUUAAAUCUUUUUUAAGCACAACUUUGCACACUUGUAUACAAAGCUCUCCGAUUUCAUUUGCACAUUGUGAUCAAAAGUGAUUAGUCGUAUACUUGUACCGGUAAAAGGGUCAUUAUCAUGAUGUUUUUACUCUGAAUAAAUAACACUGUACAUCAGUGCAAACUUCUGAA